UUUUUUCACUUUUCACUUUAGUGGAAUGGAUAUUCUGUAAUCCUUUGCUGAGUUUGAUGUUUUGGGGAUUUUUGUGAUAUUAUUUUGUAAUAUAAAUAAUUUCUUGAAGGGAAGAGAACGUAUUUGCUGUAAUCUUCUGGCGAUUUUUUCAUCCUUGCUAUAUUUGACUUCUUUUCUGAAGUGGGUUCGAGUAAUUGUGGGUUAUUAAUUCAGGGGUCUCCAUGAAAUUGGGCUAGAAGUGAGGAUUAUUUUGUAAAUUGGNGAUGGUUUUAUUGUGUCUGUAAAAGGAUGGGAUUAGUUGAUGGCUUAAAAAUGGAGUCUUUGGAUGUGAAGAAAUCUAAAGGGAGGAAGAAGAAGAAAAAUGAUACUGAUGUUGAUGAUGAUGAUGAAACUGUUGAGUCUGGUUGUUGGACAAAAUUGAGGUUUAUUGGCAGCUGUAUAUCUUCAAGAUCUAAAGUUGAUAACUCUGUUAGUGGCAUCACCACUCAUGAAACUAAAUCCACAAACGAAACUAGCCGAAAUCAACAGGCUGCCAAUGUAAUCUCAUCCACCACCACCACAAGCAGCAGCCCAGAAAGCAUCUCAUCCAUCACCAAACUCGAGGAAGAUCUUAAAGUCUCUUCUCGACUGAGAAAAUUUGCAUUUAAUGAUCUUAAGCUUGCAACAAGGAAUUUCAGACCCGAAUCACUUCUUGGCGAAGGGGGUUUUGGUUGUGUGUUUAAAGGGUGGAUUGAAGAGAAUGGCACGGCCCCAGUUAAACCCGGAACUGGACUUACGGUAGCUGUAAAAACUUUGAAUCAUGAUGGGCUUCAGGGGCAUAGAGAAUGGCUGGCUGAAGUGAAUUUCUUGGGUGACCUCAUUCAUCCGAAUUUGGUGAAAUUAGUUGGCUACUGUAUUGAAGAUGAUCAAAGGCUGCUCGUCUAUGAGUUCAUGCCGAGAGGAAGCUUGGAGAACCACUUAUUCAGAAGGUCUCUCCCUCUUCCAUGGUCAAUCAGAAUGAAGAUAGCUCUUGGGGCUGCCAAAGGGCUCGCGUUUCUUCACGAAGAAGCUGAAAGGCCCGUAAUUUACCGUGAUUUUAAGACAUCUAAUAUCUUGUUAGAUGCUGAAUAUAAUGCCAAGCUUUCCGAUUUCGGCCUUGCUAAAGAUGCUCCCGAUGAGGGUAAAACCCACGUUUCGACACGUGUCAUGGGAACUUACGGUUAUGCUGCCCCAGAAUACGUCAUGACAGGCCACCUCACGUCGAAAAGCGAUGUGUACAGCUUUGGGGUUGUCCUGCUAGAAAUGAUAACGGGCCGGAGGUCCAUGGACAAGAACAGGCCCAAUGGGGAGCAAAACCUAGUCGAGUGGGCCCGGCCCAAUAUGGCCGACAGGAGAAGAUUCUACCGCCUGAUAGAUCCGCGGCUCGAGGGCCACUUCUCGAUUAAGGGGGCCCAGAAGGCCGCACAGCUGGCGGCCCGUUGUUUAAACCGAGACUCCAAAGUCCGGCCUUUGAUGAGUGAAGUUGUUGAGGCCCUAAAGCCUCUUCCGGGCCUUAAAGACAUGGCCAGCUCAUCAUACUACUUCCAGACAGUGCAGGCGGAUCGGGCCUCCGCCUCAAGCCCAAAUGGCAAGAAUGGGCUUCGGGCCCACGGGUCGUCGACAUCCAGAAAUGGGUUGCAGCCAAGGAAUCUAUCUGUACCUCAGGCCUCGCCUCGUCAGCAGUUUGUGCAAAAUUCGCUUAAACCGAAUGGUAAACAAUAGGGUUCUUGAUUGCUGUGUGUUUCCAGUUUUUAUUUUUAUUUUUAUUUUAUUUUAUUUUUUACCAUUAUUUUUCCGUGCCUUGUGAUAUAAAUGUGUGCUUUGUACGGGCAAUGGCAAGUCGAAAAGGAAGUAGUGAAUGCGUUCGUUUAUGUCGAUUUUCCAUCUUCGGAAGAAUGUAGCUUGAAUGUUUUUGUAAAUUUCAUUUUUAGUCCAGCUAAGUUAGGAUGAUUGAUGAUUGGGUACUAAUUAAGAAAAAAAAUUUGGAGAAUUUUGGAAAAAUUGCAAGAAACCCCUUACCGGCUAACCUCAGCUCGUCGCAUCGGAUUAGUCGGUACAUUAGUUUGAUUUAUCUUGUAAAUCUUUAUGUAUUUUUGGCUUACAAGUUAAGUUAGGUAUAUUCUUCUCCAAGUUAGG